AUGGACAGCAGUGACCCCAAGGGUGGGCAAUAUGGCAACGCAUUCAGAUUCAAGGAGGAAAAACCAUCACGUCAAGCAAAGAGCCACUGCAAGGAUAAGCCCUUGGGUGACAGACGCAGAACAUCUGCUACAGCCCACCCGGCCAUAAAGAGUUGCUUUGGUUACCCCUUGAGCAUCUUCUUCAUCUUGGUGAAUGAGUUCUGUGAACGAUUUUCCUAUUAUGGAAUGCGAGCAAUCCUGGUUCUGUACUUCAGAAACUUCAUUGGCUGGGAUGACAAUCUGUCUACGGCCAUCUACCACACGUUUGUUGCCCUAUGCUACCUGACACCAAUUCUCGGAGCUCUCAUCGCUGACUCAUGGCUGGGGAAAUUCAAGACAAUUAUAUCACUAUCCAUUGUCUACACCAUCGGCCAAGCAGUCAUCUCAGUGAGCUCCAUUCAUGACCUCACAGACCACAACCAUGACGGAACCCCCGACAGCAUUUCUGUGCACGUGGUGCUGUCCAUGAUCGGCCUGGUCCUGAUAGCUCUCGGAACAGGAGGAAUCAAGCCCUGUGUGUCAGCAUUUGGUGGUGAUCAGUUUGAAGAGGGCCAGGAAAAACGAAGAAACAGAUUUUUUUCCAUCUUUUAUUUGGCCAUAAAUGCUGGAAGUUUGCUAUCUACAAUCAUCACUCCUAUCCUCAGAGUUCAACAAUGUGGAAUUCACAGUCAACAAGCUUGUUACCCACUGGCCUUUGGGGUUCCUGCUGCUCUCAUGGCUGUAUCCCUAAUUGUAUUUAUCGCUGGCAGUGGAAUGUACAAGAAGUUCCAGCCACAGGGCAACAUCAUGGCAAAAGUGGUCAAGUGCAUUGGCUUUGCCGUCAAAAACAGGUUUAGGCAUCGGAGUAAGGAAUUUCCCAAGAGGGAGCACUGGCUGGACUGGGCUAAAGAGAGAUACGAUGAGCGGCUCAUCUCUCAAAUCAAGAUGGUGACCAGGGUGAUGUUCCUAUAUAUUCCACUCCCCAUGUUCUGGGCCUUGUUUGAUCAGCAGGGCUCCAGAUGGACACUGCAAGCAACAACCAUGACUGGGAGAUUUGGAGCUAUUGAAAUUCAGCCGGAUCAGAUGCAGACUGUGAACGCCAUCUUGAUCGUAAUCAUGGUCCCCAUCGUAGACGCUGUGGCAUACCCUCUGAUUGCAAAAUGUGGCCUCAAUUUCACCUCCCUGAAGAAGAUGACAGUUGGAAUGUUCCUGGCUUCCAUGGCCUUUGUGGCUGCUGGAAUUGUGCAGGUGGAAAUUGAUAAAACUCUCCCGGUCUUCCCCCAAGGAAAUCAAGUCCAAAUUCAAGUCUUGAAUAUAGGAAAUAGCAGCAUGACCGUAUAUUUUCCUGAAGAGACAGUGACAGUUGACCAGUGGUCUCAAACAGAUGACUUUUUGACCAUUGAGAUAGACAGAUUGAGAAGUAUAAACAUCUCUUCUCCUGGGUCAUCUGUCACUGAAGUGAGUCACGAGUUCGAGCAGGGCCAUCGCCACACCCUUCUAGUGUGGGCCCCCAGUGGCUACCGGGUGGUAAAGGAUGGACUUAACAAGAAGCCAGAGAAAGGAGAAAAUGGAAUCAGAUUUGUAAACACUUUGAUGGGGACGAUGAGCGUGGAAAUGAGUGGGAAAGUGUAUGAAAACAUCGCCAGUCGUGAUGCCACCGAGUACCAGUUCUUCCCUUCCGGCACAAAAAGCUUUACAAUAAACUCAACGGAGAUUGCACAAGAGUGUCCACGUGACUUCCAAUCUUCCAACCUUGACUUUGGCAGUGCUUACACCUAUGUAGUCCGAAGGGAGGGAAAUGGCUGCCUAGAAGUGAAGCACUUUGAAGACAUUCCACCGAACACUGUUAGCAUGGCUCUGCAAAUCCCACAGUAUUUCCUUCUCACCUGUGGCGAGGUGGUCUUCUCUAUCACGGGACUGGAGUUCUCAUAUUCCCAGGCUCCAUCCAACAUGAAGUCAGUGCUUCAAGCAGGGUGGCUGCUGACGGUGGCUUUUGGUAACAUCAUCGUGCUUAUUGUGGCAGGAGCAGGCCAGAUCAGUAAACAGUGGGCUGAGUAUAUACUAUUUGCAGCAUUGCUUCUGGUCGUCUGUGUAAUAUUUGCCAUCAUGGCUCAAUUCUACACUUACGUCAACCCAGCAGAGAUUGAAGCUCAGUUUGAUGAGGAUGAAAAGAAAAAGAAGGCAGGAGAGAGUAACCUGUAUUCCAAUUUGGAGCCUGUCUCACAGACAAAGAUGUGA